AUGAGUGCUAAGAGUGUGGGAAAAGACUCCCUGGGAAGGGUGACCUCAACAAACACACCCACACACUCUGGUGGAAGACCUCAUGAAUGCCAAGAGUGUGGCAAAGUGUUCAGAACGAAGAGUCACCUUAACACACACACCCUUAAAGACACUGGUGAAAGACCUCAUGAAUGCCAAGAGUGUGGCAAAGUGCUCAGUAGGAAGAGUAGCCUCAAAUUACACACCCUUACACACACUGGUGAAAGACCUCAUGAAUGCCAAGAGUGUGGCAAAGUGUUUAGUAGGAAGAGUCACCUUAACAGACACACCCUUACACACACUGGUGAAAGACCUCAUGAAUGCCAAGAGUGUGGCAAAGUGUUCAGACACAAGAGUGCCCUUAACAGACACACACUUACACACACUGGUGAAAGACCUCAUGAAUGCCAAGAGUGUGGCAAAGUGUUCAGACACAAGAGUGCCCUUAACAGACACACCCUUACACACACUGGUGAAAGACCUCAUGAAUGCCAAGAGUGUGGCAAAGUGUUCAGACACAAGAGUGCCCUUAACAGACACACCCUUACACACACUGGUGAAAGACCUCAUAAAUGCCAAGAGUGUGGCAAAGAGUUCAGACACAAGAGUGCCCUUAACACACACACCCUUACACACACUGGUGAAAGACCUCAUGAAUGCCAAGAGUGUGGCAAAGUGUUCAGUACGAAGAGUGCCCUUAACACACACACCCUUACACACACUUUUGAAAGACCUCAUGAAUGCCAAGAGUGUGGCAAAGUGUUCAGUACGAAGAGUCACCUUAACACACACACCCUUACACACACUGGUGAAAGACCUCAUGAAUGCCAGGAGUGUGGCAAAGUGUUCAGUACGAAGAGUAACCUUAACACACACACCCUUACACACACUGGUGAAAGACCUCAUGAAUGCCUUGAGUGUGACAGAAGGUUCUUUUCUAAGUCUAGUUUGAACAGCCACGUUGUCACACACUCUGAUCUGAGAGAGUUCAAGUGUGAUGUUUGUCUUAAACAUUUCAAGACCAGGCCCCAUAUUGCGAGGCACAUGAAGAUCCACUUCCCCUGAGGUGUUGUGUGGUGCUGCUGUAUGUGGUGGCGGUGGAGGACAGUGUUUGGCAACCCCGCCCUGGCUGAAGAACAAGAAGAAAGAGAAGACAAAGAGAGAAAGACAGACAGAGGGAUGGAGGAACAACAAGAACAGAAAAGAGAGAAAUGAAUGAAAAGACUACUGAAAGAAAGACAGUGACCUCAACACACACACACCCUUACACACGCUGGUCAAGGACCCCAUGAAUGCCAAGAGUGUGGCAAAGUGUUCAGUUGCCAGAGUAAACUCAACACACACGCCCUUAUACACGCUGGUGAACGACCUCAUGAAUAUGAAGUUUGUGGCAAAAGGUUUACACAGAAGGGUUGCCUCAACACACACACACUGAUGAAAGGCCUCAUGAAUGUGAAGUUUGUGGCCAAAGGUUUACACAGAACGGUGGCCUCAACACACACACUCUGGUGAAAGGCCUCAUGAGUGUCUGAAAUGUGGAGAAAGGUUCAGAGAGAAGCAAACCCUGGAGCGUCACAUGUUCAGACACUCUGGCCUGAGAGAGUUCAAGUGUGUGGGAAGCACUUUAACACGAAGGGGCACAUUGCCCGGCACAUGAAGACCCACUUCUGAGGUCUGUGUUGUGCUGCUGUGUGUGUGUGACGGGGAGCCAGUCAUCAACACCACCUGGGGAGGACUGGCACCGUGUUGUGGCUGACCGCUGAGAGAUGCACCGACACCACAGUAAACAGUGCUGUCUGCCCCAAGCCACCUUGCCCCGGCACAGUGCAGCAGCCAACACCACAGUGAACAGUGCCGUCUACCCCAAGCCACCUUGCCCCAGCACAGUGCAGCAGCCAACACCACAGUGAACAGUGCCGUCUACCCCGAGCCACCUUGCCCCAGUACAGUGCAGCAGCCAACACCACAGUGAACAGUGCCGUCUGCCCCAAGCCACCUUGCCCCGGCACAGUGCAGCAGCCAACACCACAGUGAACAGUGCCGUCUGCCCCGAGCCACCUUGCCCCGGCACAGUGCAGCAGCGGUGACUCAGGCUGCCACAACAGACCAUCAGCAGGAUUACCAAGGGGACGCUGUGUGAGGGUUUGUCAAGUUUCCCCGCGCUCCACAAGAAACCUGGCCCAACAGAGACCACUGGGGCAGAGUGCCGGCCUGGGAGCUGUGAUGGCUUGUUAAACCCGGCCCGGCAGAGACCACUGGGGCAGAGUGCCGGCCUGGGAGCUGUGAUGGCUUGUUAAACCCGGCCCAGCAGAGACCACUGGGGCAGAGUGCUGGCCUGGGAGCUGUGAUGGCUUGUUAAACCCGGCCCAGCAGAGACCACUGGGGCAGAGUGCCGGCCUGGGAGCUGUGAUGGCUUGUUAAACCCGGCCCGGCAGAGACCACUGGGGCAGAGUGCCGGCCUGGGAGCUGUGAUGGCUUGUUAAACCCGGCCCAGCAGAGACCACUGGGGCAGAGUGCUGGCCUGGGAGCUGUGAUGGCUUGUUAAACCUGGCCUAGCAGAGACCACUGGGGCAGAGUGCCGGCCUUGGAGCUGUGAUGGACUUGUUAGGGUUGCUGCCCCGAGGGAAUUGAAGGCAGAAUAUGUAAUGGGUCAAGGCAGGAACACUCCAGUGGUGCUUGUCAAGCCUUGUAUUGUUGGCCAGUGGCUGGGUGAUGGACGGGCAAGUGGCUCCAGCAGGGAAGGCUGAGCACUGUGCUGGGGCUGAGGGGAGAUAAAGGCACAGGCAGUACAGCAGUGUGCCGCGUGGAACACUCUUGGCGGAAACACCCAGAGAAAAAUGACUGAAGAAUACAGAAGAAGGAAGACCAGAGAGGGAGGAAGGAAGGCAUGCUGGGCCUCAGAGGUCUGGAGAAGAAUGAAUGAAGAGUGAGUAGCGUAGGAUGAAUGAAGAGGAAGAAGAAGGUGCCGGCACUCUGCGGGUGAGUGCCCUGCCCACAGGCCUGGAGAGGGGCCGUGUGCCUGCUGGACGCCGCCUGCUAGGGCACCCUUGUCCGAGGCAGCUGCUGCCUGCACCCUCGGCCAGGCCCACAGACACACCACAGCGGGGAAGGAGCUGAGAUGAGACCAGACUCAGCCCUCCAGUGAGCCCAGGAGACCACCAAGGGUACACCCAUGCACCUCAUCACCUGGGGGGAGGAUGCAUGGAGAUGGUGGACUCUUGCAGGGAAGGAGGCAGAGACGAGACCACUGAGCCGAGGAGACCAGUCAGGCGUUCAAGAUGCUCCCUGGAUGCUGAGGAGACGAGAUGAGACCGAGACAAGUCCUGUUGGGGAGAAGAUGGAGGGAGAUUAAUUGAGGCAAGGAAGGGCAAAGAGAGAGAUGGAACUCUCUCUCUUUCUCUCUGUGUUCCUAUAAAAGAGAAGAGUAAUAAAGUUUGGAAAUAUA